AUGACCUGGGGCUACGGUACAUCAUUCGCUGUUUAUCAGCUGUACUACCAACAGAUCUUUCACCUACCGAGUUUCCAAAUUGCAUGGAUUGGCUCGGCUCAACUCUUCCUGUACUUUGUCACUGGCGUUAUCACGGGCCCAUUGGCCGACGCAGGAUAUACGACAGAGCUAUUUUUAGGGGGUUCUUUAGCUUCAUGCUUUGGCAUGUUCGCGACAAGCCUCUCGACUAAGUAUUGGCAGAUUAUGUUGGCGCAGGGCAUAUGCACAGGUCUUGGUGGUGGAUUUAUGUUUAUGCCCGCCGUCGCCAACGUUGCCAAAAGUGUCAAGCAAAAUCUUACGUUGGCUAUGUCGUUGAGCGCAUGUGGCUCGAGCGUCGGGGCUAUUGUCUUUUCGGUCAUACUUCAGAAUCUGGUUCCCCGAGUUGGGUUUCCUUGGGCGGUUCGAGGAUCUGCCUUUGUUGCUCUUUCCAUGUGCAUCGUUGGAAACUUGCUUCUUCGCCCCAAGAAACUACAACUCGAGAAAAGACCACUGAUUGACUGGAAAGCGUUCAAGUCUCCCAAUUUCUUGGUCUUUACUGCGGCUUCUUUCUUGAUUUGGUUUGCAGUCUUUACGCUGCUUUUCUAUAUCAACUCCUUUGCCAGAAUCCGAAUUGGCUUAUCGGAAAUGGAGUCUAACAACUUUUUCUUAAUCACCAAUGCUCUAGCAUUCGUUGCAAGGCCCAUGUCCGGGAUCAUUGCCGAUAGAUAUAUCGGGGCGAUCAAUACAUUCAGCUUUACCUCACUAGUUCUUGGUCUCGCGAGCUUCGGCUGGAUUGGAGUUCAAAGCCGUGCCAGUAUGUACGUGUUCUCUUGUGCCCUGGGAUUCGUGAAUGGCGCCGCUCAAGGCGUAUUCCCGGCAGCCUCAAGCAGCCUAGCAGACGACGUUACGAAGACGGGGUCGUGGCUUGGAAAUAUUUACGCAGUUUGUGGUUUUGCUACCCUAGCGGGACCGCCCACGAUGGGAGCUAUAAUUAAUGCUUGCGGGGGUGAUUAUACUUGGGCUCAAGCCUGCUUUGGUCUUAUUCUUAUCUUUGGAUCUCUUAUUAGUCUACUAGCAGCCUUGAUCGUUGGGAAAAGUAGAAGAGAAGUUACUAAGUGGACAAAGUUUUUUUAUAGAGUAUAG